AUGAGCUUGGGGGAUUCGGCAAGCGAUGAGGAUGAGGACGAGGACGAGGACGAGGACGAGGACGAGGAUGAGGAUGAGGAUGAAGAGGAAGAGGAAGAGGAAGAGCAAGAUGAAGAUGUGGAUGUGAACUGGUGGGCGCAGGCCGAGCGGCGGACGGACGGACGUGCUUGUCGUGUGUGCGUGUUGUGCUCUGCUGGUGGACGACGAUGUAGAUGGGAAUUGAGCUGCAGUGGAAAUAGAGCGCGUAUAGCCAGUAGCGGUGGGGAAGUAAGAAAGCGAGAGAUAGAUAUCUACGUAUACCUUUCUUCGGUGAUAAAUUACUUGCCCUCUGUGCAUAAGUACCGACUACUUACUGCCAUUGAUCUACCUUCAUCCGUGUUCCAGAUACCUACCGGUAUAAUGGCCGCGGCAAUCAAUGACUUACCCAGGUCGGUACCGCUACCGGGACCGGUACUGCGGCAACUCAGCCUUGAAGCUCUAAGGCCCGAGAAGAUCGUCAUCAGCCCCUUCGAUCUUCAACGGGCCUCGGCUCCUUUGGUACCUGAUCCUAACCAUUAA